AUGGAUGUUGAAAAGGGAAAGAUGACUAUAUUCUGUACAUCUACAUGGCCUACUUUCGAGGCAGGAUGGCUUCCUGAGGGUACUUUCCACCUUCCAAUCAUAGAAGCAAUAGAAGAAAGAGUUUAUCAACGUAUGGGGGGCCAUCCGAGUCAGAUUCCAUACAUUGUUGUCUGGAAGGACCUGGUCACUAACCCACCCAUUUGGGUGAAACCCUUUCUCUCUCCAGUAUCUCCUCAGGUUCUGGUGGCUCAAACCCCAGAAGAAGAAAAGCCGAGACGAACCAUGACCUCACCCUCAGCAACCCCCUACCCGGUUUUGCAGGAAGGAGCGGAUGAGGAUCUCCUCUCUCCCCCUCCACCUUACCGACCCCCUCUAAAUCCCUCUGAUCCUGCUCCAUCUCCUCCUGUUGAAGGAGGCCCAGCAUAUGGGACCUGUAGCCGAAGGGGCACCACCUCAGUGUUCCCCUUGCGAGCCAUGGGACCUAUAGAUGAGGCAGGAAAUCAGCCUCAUCAUUAUUGGCCCUUUGCCUCUUCUGACCUUUAUAAUUGGAGAUCUCAAAACCCCCCCUACUCAGAAAACCCCAAGGGCCUCAUUGGGUUGUUAGAAACUGUACUCUUUACUCACCAACCCACUUGGGAUGGUUGUCAGCAAUUGUUACAGGUUCUGUUUCCAACUGAGGAGCGAGAACGGAUCCUGCUGGAAGCACGAAAACUUGUUCCUGGUCCGACAGCGGUCCCCACCAUGAACCCCGCUGACAUCGAUGCCAGAUUUCCCCUUGUCUGCCCCAAUUGGGAUUAUAACACAGGAGAAGGUAAGGAGCGCCUCAAGGUCUAUCGCCAGGCUCUAUUGGCAGGUCUCAAAGCGGCCGCUAAGAGGCCCACUAAUCUGACUAGGGUAUAUGAUAUAAGGCAGGAGGCAGAUGAAAGCCCUGCUGCUUUUCUUGAACAGGUAAUGGAAGCCUUCCGGCAGUUAACCCCCUUUGAUCCAGAGCACGCAGAUCAUAAGUCAACUGUGGUAAUGGCUUUCAUUAACCAGGCUGCGCCCAACAUUAAGAAAAAAUUAUAAAAAGUCGAGCGCCUCGGAGAAAAGAGAGAUCUAGUAGAGAUAGCAGAAAGGGUGUACAAUAACAGGGACAGUGCUGAGGAAAAACAAGGCAGAAAAAGACAAAAUAGAGAUUUAGCUAGAGUGUUGCUGGCCUUGGCUGCAAACCCAGAGGACCGCCACCACCAAUUAAAGAAAAUUGCUGGAAGAAGAGGACAAGAAAGAGACCCAGAGCGCCGCAGGACACCAAUAGGUAAGAAUCAAUGCGCCUAUUGUAAGGAGGAAGGACACUGGCUCAGAGACUGCCCUAGGAGAAAAAACAUGCCUAAAGUGUUAUUCGCUGGGGAAGAUAGUGUAGGGAGGUGGGGUUCGGAACCCCUCCCUGAACCCAGGGUAACUCUUAAGGUGGAGAGGAAAUCAACUAACCUCUUGGUGGACACUGGGGGUCAACACUUGGUAUUAUCAGAGGCCACGGGGCCUGCCUCAAGUAAGCAAGCUUGGGUCCAAGUUGUCACCGGGACCGAGCAGUAUUCAUGGACUAUCCCAGACUGUCCUUACCCCCUGCUGGGGAGAGACCUUUUAUCAAAAAUGAGGGCUCACAUUCACUUUGGCCUGCGAGGAGCCCCUAACUCCCGAAGCCUGGUACUAAUGACUGCUUUUGAGUGGCAUGAUCCUGACAUUGGCAUUCACGGGUAGCUGACUUGGACUCAACUUCCUCAGGGGUUUAAAAACUCCCCUACCAUCUUCGAUGAGGCACUGCAUAAAGACUUGGGUGAGUACCAGAGGGAAAACCGACGUUAUGUUGGUGAUCUUCUGAUUGCAGCCACCCCUGAAGAAAGCUGCCUUAAGGGAACAUUCCUGAUGUUGGGCAAGUUGGGAUACAGAGCCUCUGCUAAAAAGUCUCAAAGUUGUAAGCCCCAAGUUACUUAUUUGGGAUACAUCCUCAUGGAUGGACAUAGAUGGUUGUCUCCGGCCAGAAAGGACACCAUCCUCACACCUAAAAACCCCACACAGAUGAGAGAGUUCUUGGGGUUGGCUGGGUUUUGCAGAUUGUGGAUUCCAGGCUUUGCAGAAAUUGCUAAGCCGUUGCAUGAACUGACCAAAGACAAGAGUGAGUUUCAAUAACAUCAACAAGCAUUUGAAACUCUAACAGCUCUCUUGUUGGCACCAGCGCUGGGGCUUCCUGACAUUACUAAGCCUUUCCACCUGUUUGUGGAUAAAAGCAAAAGGGUGGCCAAGGGUGUGCUGACCCAGAUGCUAGGACCCUGGAAGAGACCAGUGGCCUACUUGUCCAAACACUUGGACACAAUAGCGAUAGAUACUUUCUCAGGGUGGACUAAGGCCUCUCCUACCAAGAGCAAGACAGCUAUUAUUGUGGAAAAGAAAUUAUUGGAAGAAAUCCUGCUGAGAUGUGCUGCCACCUGGGAUGUUGGAAUGCCACUGGCCCCUGAAACAAGGACCGACAGAAAGGAGGACCACUCGGGCUUCUCCCUGUCUCCGUCCACAAGUGACACACAUUGUCUUUCCUCACAACCAAUUGUGGCCGAGCCUAACCGGAAGUGGCUGGGAACUGUAGAGGAGUGCGGUGCACAUUUGAUUCCAUUAGAACAGAGUGUUGCUGACUUUGUCACAGAGAAUGAAACAUAUGUGGACCGUACUUCAGUGGACACGAACAGUCCUUGGGCCCUGAGGCAGCUGGGGAGACAGUGGCUGUCUCAGAGUCUCUUUCAUGCUUUCUUUGGUAAUUCUGUCGUGUCAGUUUUAAAGCAAGUACAAUGGAACCUCGGAGGACAACAGGAUGGCAGGAAAGGCAGGGAAACAAAAGUUCCGUUGGGAAUUGCAGACUGUACAAGAAUGACAGGGAAGAGCAGCGUGGACGUUGAGCCUGACUCAGUGGCUCUGACCAGCAUCCAGCAAGGACCUCAGGCCCUCUGUCCCUGGAGGAUAAUCCUGGGGGAACUGAAUUCUCUCAGCACUCACAUCGAUGAGCUUGGAAGUGGAUUCUCAUCACCAGUGACCCCUAAGAUGACUGCUGCUCUGGCCAAGAGCUUGAUUAAAGACUCUCCAGAUGUGACAGCAGACUUCUGUGCAAGGGCCAUAAUACGGACCCCCAGGACAUCCUUUUGUAGCAAGACUUCUGAACGCCAUCCAACUCCAGCCUUCACUCAGGGCCUGCGCUGUGCGGAGAAAUUCCAGCUCCCAAGAUGGAAAACCAGCUGCCAUGUCUUGAGGAUACUCAGGCCGCUCUGUAAAGAGAAACUGCAACGCCCAGUUCAGCAACCAGAACCUGCUAAUGACCAGAGGAGUUUGGAAUGGUUGGUCCUGUCUUCAGAUGACUGUGGCUUGACUGGCGUCUUCACUGUCCCCAUGGGAGACCCUGAGCCAGAGCCACGGGGAUACAGUCCUGGUGCAGCGCACACACCUUUCAGUAGAUGCAGGCAUGAUAAGGACAGGCACCCAGAUGUCGUGGCUUACAUCGCCAAGACCUUGCAGGAAAGAUACAAUACGGAUGAUGUCCAGAAAGGGAGUCUGGAGUGUGGUCUGAGUAAGAAAGAACUGAUAAUAAGAAUGAAUCAGAGUGUGUCAUUUUACAGAGUGUUGCUCCGGCUGCAGCGUUCCAUGCAGUCUCCAGGCUCUGCAGAGAUCUGUGCUUUUGAGGAAGUUAGUCUGGUGAAGGGAAGUCUCCGAAGAACUCCCGAAUGUGGGCAAGCUCCGCUUCCAAAUGUCUACCAGGCCUGUUCUGCAGUCCGAAUGCAGUGGUGCCAAUCAAAUAGGAAUGGCCUGUGCUCUUCCCGUCCUGCUUUCUUCCUUACUGUGUACCCCCAGCCCGCCCCACACCCAACUUUGACUCUGAUGGAGGAUGAGAUCAGCUGA